AUGCUGUACGCUGGUCCAUCUCCUGUGGGACUGAGAGAGUAUGCUGGUCCAUCUCCUGUGGAACUGAGAGAGUACGCUGGUCCGUCUCCUGUGGGACUGAGGGAAUAUGCUGGUCCAUCUCUUGUGGAACUGAGGGAGUACGCUGGUCCGUCUCCUGUGGGACUGAGGGAGUAUGCUGGUCCAUCUCUUGUGGAACUGAGAGAGUACACUGGUCCGUCUCCUGUGGGACUGAGGGAGUAUGCUGGUCCAUCUCUUGUGGAACUGAGAGAGUACACUGGUCCGUCUCCUGUGGGACUGAGGGAGUAUGCUGGUCCAUCUCUUGUGGAACUGAGAGAGUACACUGGUCCGUCUCCUGUGGGACUGAGGGAGUAUGCUGUUCCAUCUCCUGUAGAACUGAGAGAGUACACUGGUCCGUCUCCUGUGGGAGUAUGCUGGUCCGUCUCCUGUGGAACUGAGGGAGUAUGCUGGUCCGUCUCCUGUGGGACUAGUGUAGCAUAUUGA